GCUCUUGUGAAAUUCCUCUAACUUGUCACGAUUGGACAGUGGCGGUGGGUUUUUUUUUCGGUUUGCGGAAACGAGGGGUCGCCACUUUUCUUUUUUUUUUCCGCGUCAAGUUCGUGCCAGAAACUUUUUUUUUCUCUCCUCUCCUCUCCUCUUUUUUAAAUAAGUGGGGCAGACAUUGGCAAGACGCUCACAAUGGAAGCCGCCGAAGCGACGUUUUGUGCCUCGUACUCUUCUUCCCGUUGACUUUUUGUUCUUUUAGUUUGGUUCGCCACUUUCGACUAACUUUUUUUCUUUAGCUUUUACGCCACAUUUCCGUUAUGCGAAGUCCAAACUGUUGUGUUGUCGACGUGCUGCGGUGGGUGCCCAUCCGAGAUAACGGAGAACUGAUUCUCAGCCGGUCUGGUAACUGCAAUGAAUGGUAACACAUUCCAUCCAGCCAACACCAGUGCAACAUCAGGAGGCGGCCCUGGCGUUGCAGCGCCCCCGAGAGGCUGGAGAGAGUUCUGCGAGCUGCACGCCAUCGCCACUGCGCGCCAACUUGCGGGACACUACCGGAGCUUUGCCAGGGAGCGCUCCCAACAUGAGGUCCUCCCGCCGGAGACGUUCUCCAAGCAGUUCACUGACCUCUUCCAGCAGCACUUCACAUACGAGGUCGACAAAGAUGGCUCUCUCCUCCAGCAGAGCACCUGCCCCACCGCUGCCAGCAAUUCCGCUACGGUGGCCCCUCCCAUUCCUUCGCAGACCAUGAUCGGUCGAUUACGGAUCACCUCUUUGUCUGGGGUGCAAGACUACCGGGAGGCGGGUCGACAAGCCGGAGGAGCCGCUCGCUUCGCGGUGGUGUCCCCCAAAGUUGAGCCGGUUGUGGUGUGUAGGGAGCAAGAGGAACUGCUGCGGUGUGCCCCAGGAAACCCCCGAUCAAGAAACCCAGUGCUGCUCAGGGGCUUGACCCGUAGUUUCGGAAGCGGGUCGGUGCUGUUCCGCAGCCAUAGUAACGAGGAGCUGUCCGGCACAGACAGUCGACAAAUAUCUGACUCCUCAGCCUCCAAUCCUGCACACGAUGUCACACACUUCUCCUUUAGUCAGAUUCGGCAAUCUGUCAGGCGGCUUUUUAAGAAACGGCCUCUUCCUAGGCCCCCCUCAUCACAGGACCUGUCUGCCAGCAACCCUACCCAUGCCGUCAUCAGCCCCUCAAACAGCAGUGUGCGCUUUACGUCUGAGCAACCCUCCUCUUUCUCACAAACCCGCUCUUCACUGAACUCUGACGUGGCGCCUGCAGCUUCACCGUCAUUAUCUGGAGUAGCUUCCAACCUCCUGGAUCGUUUCCGUUGGUUACGCAGGUCAGAGUUCAACAGCUGCUGUAAAGAAGGUCAGCUGAGGUACUUGCUCGUGGACGACACCAUCUCAGACUCGCAGCCGCGCUGGCAGCGCUGCCGCCUGCUGGUCAGGAGGAUCAGGGACGCUGAAGGCAGAGGAGGCGAGAGCUACCAGUUGGAGCUCUAUGAUCCUCCAAAGGCCUCCGGCCCCAAACUGACAACUCACUGCUCAGAUAUCCAAGAAGUCCGUCGCUGCAACCGGCUGGAAAUGCCCGACAACUUAAACACGUUUGUUUUAAAGGUUAACCGAGGCAGUUUGAUAUUUGAGACGGACAACGACCAGCAGGUCAGCUCUUGGACCACGGAGAUAAAAGAAUGCAUCAGCAACAGGUCGGCCGGUGUGGCCCUGGAGCCCCUCCACUCCCUGGCUGACGGCUCUGUUUCGACCAAUCACAGGGCGAGCUUCGAUUUGGGAAUUCAGAGCGAGUGGCGGCUGGGCUCCUCAAACGUGGUCCCACAAACACGUCCUGUAACAAUUAACUGCCCGGUCACCCUGACUCUGGGGGAGACCGCCCUCCAUAAGACGGAUCACUUCCUGUUUUCCUACCCAUGGUUCCACGGGCCCAUCUCCCGGGUCAAGGCGGCCCACUUGGUUCAAAGCUCGGGCGCAGAGGGACACGGCGUGUUCCUGGUGCGUCAGAGCGAGACACGGCGAGGAGACUACGUCCUCACCUUUAACUACCAAGGCAAAGCCAAGCACCUGCGCCUGUCGCUGACAGACGGCGGACAUUGCCGGGUGCAGCACCUGCGCUUCCCUUCCGUCAUGGAGAUGCUCAACCACUUCCAGCUCUCGCCGAUCCCGCUCGAUUGUGGAGCCGCGGGUGCCGUCACGCUGUCCAGCUUUGUGGUGGUGGGCUCCAAUCCUCCAUCACAAGGUCAGCACCGCUGGAACUCAGAGCCCAGCUUGGCUCACUGCAGCCUGUCUCGCAGCCAGCCGCAAUCUUCCUCGUCUACUUCCUCCUCCUCCACCUGCGCCGGCAGCGCUCACGGCCCCGGCCCUCAGCCGUCUCCUCGCGCCAACAACCCGGCCCCGCCCCCGUCGGCCACCACCCCCCUGCGUCGCAGCGAGUCCAUGGGGAGGCGACCGCUGCUUCGCCACAGCAACCCGCACCCCCCCGUCAUCUCCCAGCGGGACUCGGACUAUGAGCUGGAGCCCGAGCGCGGCCGCAAGCGGGCCAUAGACAACCAGUACAUGUUGCUUUGACCUCUUAUGGAGCUGAGGUGCAACUGCAAGAGAAUGUGUGAUUCCUUGUCUGAUUUGGGAGGCUCACAAGCAUCCACAGUGAAUGUAUGUCAAAUGUUCUUUUUUUGGGGGGGGGGAACAGUCUGGGCAAGCAAAGAAAACAUUUUUUUAUAGAUUUUAUAAUAGCGCUAGAAGCUAGCAACUUCCCAACCAGCAGGGGGCAGCAAAAGAGCAGGAGUACCCGCCACAAUACAAUGAAAUGCUAGCUUAGCACGAGUCAAAGGUGAGUGCUGCACUUUUAUUUAUGAUCCACAAUGAAGUGGGACGCAUUUUGUUGUUAUUUUGCUGGCUUUCUGGGCUGCUCUUUUAAGAAAGAAUACCAUUUAUUUUUGGCACAACUCUUAUGUAAACGCAAACAAACCCCUUCGCACUCUUGUUUUACAACACCCUAUUCUUUUUUUUUAUAUAGCACAUUAUUUUAUUUUGAGGUGCUUUUGGCGAGACAUAGAAUGGGAUCAAGAUUAAGAAGUUCCGUCAAUAACGUCCCAGUUGCGUCGACAGCACAAAAUUCUACUUUUUAUGUUUGGGGAAAUUGGAAUUUAGACGUACUUAUUAGGGAAUAUUAAUGGACGUAAUGAUCAGUCAAUUCCAGUGGUUCUUAACCUGGGUUCCAUUGAACCCUGGGAGUUCGGUGAGUCGGCCUCAGGGGUUCGGCGGAGGUCAACACACACCCGACUCAUCGUGUGAAUACAAACUUCUCCCUAUCGGCGUAUUACGGAUUGAUUUGCAGGUUUGUCAUUUGUUGUGAGUUUAUGCACUGUGUUGGUUUUGUUGUUUGAACAAAGUGAUGUUCAUGCACGGUUCAUUUUGUGCACCAGUAAAAAAAACAUGGUAACACUUUAGUAUGGGAAACAUAAUCACCAUUAAUUAGUUGCUUAUUAACAUGCAAAUUAGUAACAUAUUGGCUCUUAACUAGUCAUUAUUAAGUACUUAUUAAUGCCUUAUUCGGCAUGGCCUUAUAACCCUAACCCUGACCCUAACCCUAACCAAAUAACUCUAAAUUAAGUCUUUAUUACUUAGAAUAUGUUCCCCUUACUAAAGUGUUACUAAAAACAUAUAACUUUGUCUUGAAUUUGAAAAAAAAAAAACAUUUUAUUUUUCACUAAAGAAGGGUUCGGUAACUGGUGGGGUUCAGUACCUCCAACAAGGUUAAGAACCACUGGUCAAUUCAUUGAGAAUGGCACUACACGACUUGGCCAAACCAGCAAGGGCGCUGUUGAGUCAGUGUCACGUGACAACAUUUCCCGUUUAAGGGUCAUAAAUACAAAAAAAGAGGGGACAAGAAAUGUUGAUAGGUAUAAUGUUUUGGGGGUGGACUAGUAGUUAGCAUGAGUGUUCACUAUUUAUAUUAGAAUAUGACAUAACAUUCGAACCCAAACUUCUAAUAUUUCUCUGAAAUGUGGACCGUCACAUGAUCUUCCAGCGGUGUAGUACCAGGACUGACGUGUUGGAGGCGCAGUGCGCUGUAGACCCAAGAUGAGUUGCCGGAAAAUAAACCGAAGAAGCCACGCUAAUACAUCUUUUAUGUCCACCCGGGUGGUUAUUUAUUGCCGACUCUAUCGCGACAAUGAUGCAUUCCUUAGCACUAGUGUAUCUGCCAUAUAUUAACGAGUUGGUCGUCCAUUUAUAAAGUAUGAAAAUGUCGCCGUACAUUUUUUUCCCCCGUUACUUCUGGCUUCUUCAGUCAGGUCGCUUCCUGAUUGGCCACUGUCAGUCCACGUGACCAGCCUGACGUCUAGCGUGUUGACAGCAUUAUUAGUAUUUAACAUGACGUCAUAGUCCCCAUCCCGUUUAAUCGAUGCUUACUUAAAAUCCAUUUAAAGUUGCUUAAAUGAACUGACUCAUUUUUUUUUAAGUUCGUGCCCCUUAUGUGUCUCAUGCUGCGUUCACUUACAAGCUCGUACAGUUCAAACAGCCAUUACUCUUUAGACCAGGCCUGGGCAAAUUAAGGCCCGGGGGCCACAUGCGGCCCGUUGAGCUUUUCAAUCUGGCCCGCCGGACAUUCCCAAAUAAUUUUUUUUAGAUCUUUAAGAUGGAAAUUGUAGCUGCCAUUAUGAUGUGCAGUGAUGUUUUCUAAUGACCGUAAGUCUUCAACUAUACCAAGUAUUUCAAUGGUUGGAAUCUGCGCUUAUAGAUGAUUUACCAGUUACUAUGGUAAUUUAAUUAGUUACUAUGGUCAUCUAAUUAGUUACUAUGGUAAUAUACGUCACAGCAGCUCAGACGAGGCACCAAGCCGUGUGGGCGGGAAGCGUUUCCACAGACGCGAAAGGAGAAUUUCACAACAAAGUUCUAAAGCUUAGUGAUAUAUAGAAUGAAUAGAAUAGAAUAUAAAGUACUUUAUUAAUCCCCGGGGGAAAUUCAGAAAAUAUCAGUAGGUGGGUUCAAUUUGUACCCCUCGCGUUCAUAUUUCACUGUUUGUUGCCUUUUUGGGGUGUGACAUUCAUAUUUUGUCAAUAUUCAGUGUUUUAUCAUUCAUAGAAAAAUGCAAACAAUCCAUAAUGUUUUUAGCAUUCAGUCAGACAUUAUUGUGAGGUUUUGUAUUAGUGUUCCUAAAAAUAGAUAUAUCGGCCCCCAGACACAUUUUUUUUUCUCUAAAUGUGGCCCCCAAGUCAAAAUAAUUGCCCAGGCCUGCUUUAGACUAAUCAUUGCAAUCAAGCAUUAAGUUGUCUUAAAGCGCCCCUUCACUGCUCACAUUAACAACUAAUAGCAAAAUAAAGGAAGCCAUUCUUAUUCUUUGUUCAAUAGACCUCACCACAAUCAUGUUUUCUGCUAAACCAAAAGUGCUUUAAACCAAAGCAAGUCAGAAUUUUCAUGGGAAAAUGUGCCUUAAAAAUAUAUAUUUGUAUAAGCUUUAUGUUGGUGGAGUCUGCGCUUUAACACUAACGUCCGAUUUAGUUUCACCGUUGCAUUAAUUAUCCGACCAACUUUGAUGAACUAUUCCAAUACAAGUGACACACCAGCUGAUGUAUUCCAGCAACUGUAACAUGUUGACCAAUCAGGAAUUUCUCUUUACUACUAAGUGGAUAAAAAAAUAAAAUAAAAAAAACAUAGUGGAGGGUGUAGGAACGUCAAGCAAUAAUAAUUUAUAAACUACCAUAUUACAUUUAUAACCUCACACAUAAAGAGAAUUUGUGGGUUAAUGUAUUUUGGGGGGCUUUUUACAACAGUUCCUCUGAGGUUUGUCUUUCUUUUAUUUGCAUCAAAUGCCCUCUUUUUCUUUGUUCUCCUGCUUUUUUCAAUUUUAUUCCCAGUUCAAAGUUUCGUUAGCCCCCACCCCAUCAUUGUGCCUUUUAAAAAAAAAAAAAAAUGUCCAAAUGACUUUUUGUACGUGUUCUCAAUACUGUUUGUGUUUUUACCUCAGCACUGUAAAGCUCCACCUUGACAACAACCACGAAGCUUCCUAAAAAAAACACUUGUGUUGUCUUUGCAAUCCAUUUCAUUCAGCCUUUUUAAAUUAUAUAUCAACUGUAUAUCUGACUAUUUUGUAAAAUAAACCUAACCAGAC